AAGUCCAUCCUCGGCCGCAUGUACAAGUGCGCCGAUACCUCCAGCAGCCCGGCCCAUGUUUCCACCACCAUCGACCGCAAGCGGGACUCUCUAUCCGUACCGCGGUACCCCGGACUAGAAGCGUAUCUCGGACAACGGAAUCUGCUAGAAGCUUGGGUGCUCUUCACGGACGAGACGGGCCAGGAGCAACGAUGCCUCGUUGGCGCCGUAUACCACCGGUCGGUUCAAGCACGAAUUCGCAACCGCGCCGUGGAAGCAAUCCUACCUGACGUGCCUUGGUACGGCGACAUCAUCGUGAUGCUCGGAGGACGGCACUACUCCAUUAUUAAUAUGCGAAGGCCGCAUCACCGUGAGCUGGGGAGGAGAGCCGUCGAAAUUUGA